CAAGAACCACAUGGCAAUAAAUAUUGAAUACUAAUUCAGUCGAGCUGGCAAGGUGAACAAGAACUGCUUUCUCUUACAUUUUUCUCUCAGUGAAGGACCUUGCGCUGACUUUGACUUCGGCCUCGGCCUGUCCAUAUCUGCAACGUCGAUCAAUGCAAAUUUCUGAGCUGAUCAAACUGGCCAAGAGCAGCAGCGUCAGCAGCAGCAGCAGCCUACGCAGCGGCAGCGGCUCAAGAAUUAUUAUUAAAUUCGAUAUAAAUAAUAUUCGCAACCGCUGCAGCGCGCUGUGCCCCUCGCUCAAAUCCCCUCGUCUGGACAGUCUGCUGAUUAAUAAAAGACGGCUGCCGUGGCAGAAGUUCGGAGAUGGCCUGCGGUGCUUAAAAAUUCUGAGGCAUCUGUCAAGUCGAGCGAAGGUGAAGGUUUCGCGCAGGCGCAGCAGGACCUGGCCUGCAGAUCUGAAGAUCUGGGGAUCUACGUAUAUGCACGUACGUGUAAUAUAACAUACAAUGGUAUACGGGUGUACAAUGGCGAUGUGGGGAUCGCGAAGCUUGCAAACGUUUUCGAGGGGAACGCUUUGCAUACGUGCGUGUAUGUGACAGUCGCAUAAUAACGCUUCAAUUAAGCCCAAGCGAUUCCCUGACACGAUUUUCCUUUGUGCGCUGGCCAAAAACUCCACUGGCCGAUGCAUAUCAAUAAGAUCUGACGUCAAUUUUGAUAAGCGAACGCAUAUUAUUAUUGUUAUUAUUAGCCAUAUAUACGCCCCACAUCUAAAAGCCCCAGCAAGCCCCCCUCCCCCGCGCAACGUAAUAAUCAGCGGCAUGGCAAUGUGGCAAAGAAGGGGGUUUGGAAAUCCCUUCGAGCAUUUUGUCGGGUAGCUGACCGAUGGUAGCGAUGCGACGGAUAUCUGGCAUAUCGACAUAUGCCAGCGAAAGAUGAAAUUCCUGGGAGCAUCCACACACGGCCGAGAAUAAAAUAAGAAUUAUGCUUAAAUUAUGCAAGGUCCAACAAUUUACAAAGUGAUCGAGCCCCAGCCCUUUUUUGGACCCCGCAGAUGCCCCCGGAUCCGCGUUACAAGGUGAAAGACCAGGCGGAACAGGAAGACCAGGGAUGUGAAACCUGGGAAACGCGAUGACUAGAAUGGGAUUAUAUUCAUUCAUCAUAUUACUUAAAAAAUGUAGUACUAAUCUCAAAAGAUACCAUAAAAACCAUUAAGCACAUAAACAU